AUGUCAAUUGUUGUUGGUAUUGGGGAAGAUGUUGCAUUUGGAGGUGUAUUCCGUUGUUCAAUGGGGCUGCAAGAGAAAUAUGGCAGACAAAGAGUGUUCAAUACACCUCUUUGUGAGCAAGGAAUUGCAGGUUUCGGGAUAGGCUUGGCAGUAACUGGAACAACAGCCAUAGCUGAAAUCCAAUUCGCAGACUACAUGUUCCCUGCAUUUGACCAGAUAAUGAAUGAGGCAGCGAAAUACAGAUACAGGAGCGGCAACGAAUUUAAUUGCGGCAAGUUGACAAUCAGAGCUCCGUGUGGUGCGGUGGGGCACGGCGCUCUUUAUCACUCGCAGAGUCCAGAGGCAUACUUCUCUCACACACCUGGCCUUAAAGUAAGGUCAAUUACACAUUAUAAAGAGUGUUCCUCAAAGAACUACAGUACUAAUACAGUUUUAAAGCUGCUUUUAGUACUCAACGACGGAAUAAGCUAAAAUUGUCUUUAGGAA